AUGAUCCCUGUGCUCAACAUGAACAGCAUCCAUUGCCACACCACCGUGGCUAUCCCUGCAGUUGGUGGCAGUGGCGGGGCAGGCUUGAACAGCAGCGGUUCUGGCAGCGGCGGUCCACGGUUGGCGACAGGGCGGCAAAUCUCUCCUCGAACCUCGUACCUGACCUCCCCGGGAGAGACGUCGAGCUUGCCGUCGGCGCACCUCCAGCGGCGUGCGGCGGAUGUGGCCAGCGUGCUAGAGAUGAACCCGCUACAAUGCCACAGCGUCGGCGACCUGCAGCGCAAGCUGAUCGAGACAGCGGAGUGGGUGGUGAAGCUGCGCCACUGGUACACACAUCAGCUCCAGGAGCGAGAUCUGUGGUGCGAGAACCGCCUGAGAGGCUUGGAGGACUCCUUCCGUGCAGCCUUGGCCGCCUCCACCGCAGCGGGAACGGCACACGCCACGGCUGGUGCGGGUGCGGUCUACACCGCCACAGAGGGCAGCUUCACGGAGCACGCGGCCCCUUCUACUAUCUCCGCCUCCCGCGCCGUCGCCAGCGGGGCGCCUGCGGGCAGUGCGAUAGCGGCGACUGCUUCUGCGCCCGCGGACAAGGAGGCCGGUAGUGGCACACCGCUGCGGCACCGUAGUCGCGCCCACAAGAACUCGGCUUCAGAGGUAUCCGAAGCUGGCGCCAACGCUGCAAAAAGUUCUCAUCCAGUCGAACGGAACCAGGCAGCAGCAGCAGCAGGCACUGCCGCUGGCGUAGCGGGCGGCGGUCACAGUGGCGACGGAUGCGGCAGCGCCCCACUACGCGCGGGCUCGCCAAAGCGGUCAGCGCUGUUGCCCAUCGCGCAAGACCGCCUCACAGCCUCUGCCGGUUCCCCUGGUCGGCAGCCGCUGCACCCGGAGGACAACGAGCCUCCGUGCACUAGCGUGGCAGCCAUCGUGAUCAAUCGAGGUGAGUCUCGUCCGACCCUCGCGGCGCGCGCCGUUGCAGUCACGACGCCGGGGAUUGUGGAAGGCGACUACGACGCACCCGGUGUACCACACCAUCCAUCAGCGUCCCCGCACCCACGCGUCAGCCGCGCCGGAAGCAUCUCUUUCACAUCCUCCACCGUGCGUACACAGGUCAUCGGCAUCCCUGCGGCCAGUGCUGUCAGAGUGCGCAGGGAUGUACACUCUUCCAGGAUACCGCUGAGUGGUCGGCCGGCGUCAGCGAAUGCACUGCUGUCGACUGCUGGUGCUGCGACAGAGUCCCCGGGCCGCCUCUCCGCCAGAGCGGGUGGCAGCGGAGGCCGCAGGAGUGAUGUCGCGCAGAGCGAGCGUAGGGGAUACUACGCUUCCUUAUCACGCACGGGGUCUGGCAGCAUCAAUAUCAGCUUGCCGCACUGUGCCCAGUACUUGGACGCCAACACUUCACGGAACCCCAUCGCGGCAGAGGUAAACACGGGAAACAGCGCCACUGACGUUGCCGCCCCGGCGUUCCACAAGACGGCUCCUCACUUCAGCAAGUACCUCUAUCUCCUAACCAGCGGCGACGACAACCACAGUCGCAAACCGAAGCGGCGCAGCCUCAGCAGCAGUGGAGGUCGUCACGUGAGUCGAGUGUACCCAACCAGGGAGGUGAAGCAGAGCGCCACGGGUCACGGCGCCUCUAGCCAACACCGAAAAGGAACCGGGAACACCGACGCAAGUCGGCACAGCUCGCCCAGUUGUUUCAUCCGCCAGCAGUCGUGGACAUGA